AUGAAGCUUGGGCUUAUCUUCUCUCUAUUUGUUGUUCUUGUUUCCGUCAUUAGCCUCCACGCUCAAGCUCAAGGUGGUGGGAAUUUGUGUCCAAAGGAGAUGACUUUGGAUGGAACGUGUGGAGGGACCAAAGGAGGCUACGGCUGUGCACUUGAAUUCCUAGCACAGUAUGGGGCAAGCGCCAUGCCACAACACUGCACUUGCACUGACCUUCAUCAACAAAAACGCCUCUGCAAAUGUGACAUUGUUUGCCAGUAUAAUAAACUAUAUCUCUGA